GCUGAUUCUUUUACUUCUUAUUUUUAACAACAUACUGUGACCUGCAGUACAAAUGUAGUAUUAGUACUUCUACUAUAGUCAUGGACCUGAGGACUUGUCACGUCCCAACCGGAAGUCCGUAGCGCUGAGUCAGCUGAGGCAGACCGGAAGCAAAACAAACAGCUGGGCGCAGGCGCAGAAGCAGCCUGAGCUCGCGCUGUAGAGAAACCGACUGACUUUUAUUUAACUUAUUAAAAAUAAGAGUUUUCUUUUACGUUUUUCGCUGGAAACUGAAGUCUGGAGGCUGCGCGAGCACGCGGGAGAAGAAGCGCACGAGACGCGAGGCAGCGCGAGACCGGCCCAACACGGAAGUGUCGUGAGAAAGGAUGAAGAGGAAGCGGCUGCUGCUGCUGCUGGUGGUGGGCGGGGCCUUCUGCGUGGCCAUGACGUCACUGUACCGCAUGCUGGAGCUGAUGCAGGGGGCGGAGCUUCCUGCUGGACCGCUGGACGACGACUUGUCCCGCCUCCAGCAGCAGAUCGAGAAGCUGGAGCGUCUCCUUGGCGACAACAACCGGCUGGUCGCUACGCUGCAGGACUCGCUGUCUUCCCACCGAGCGUCAAUGGAAAAAGGGGGUGUGGUCAAUGUUAGCUCAGGCUCCGCCCACAGCUGAGCCGACGCGCCGCCUGGCUGCCGAUUGGCCGAACAGAUGAAGGACGGAGCCGAUGGAGCGCAGCUGCUGGACGUCUAUGACCUGCUGCCCUUCGACAACCCCAACAACGGCAGCGUCUGGAAACAAGGAUUUGAGAUCAGUAACCACGGCAACGAGUGGGACGAGCAGCCGCUGGAGCUGAUCCUGGUCCCUCACUCGCACAACGACCCCGGCUGGUUGAAGACCUUUGAGAACUACUAUCAGGACCAGACGAAGCACACCCUCAACAACUUGCUGAUCAAACUGACUGAAGACAGCAGCUGACAUGUUCUCCAGGAGGAAAUCAUUUAUUUCUCCAAAUGGUGGAACGACAUCUACGAGCAGAAGAGAGAGAAGGUGAAACGCCUGGUGAGGGCGGGGCAGCUGGAGCUGGUGACGGGCGGCUGGGUGAUGGCGGACGAGGCUAACGCCCACUACUUCGCCCUGUUGGACCAGCUGAUCGAGGGGCACCAGUGGAUCCAGCGCCACCUGGGUGUGACGCCCAGCAGCGGUUGGGCGGUGGAUCCGUUCGGCCACUCCCCUUCCAUGGCCUACCUGCUGAAGGGGGCGGGGCUUAGCAACAUGGUCAUCCAACGAGUUCACUACGCCGUCAAGAAGCACUUCGCCCGGCAACAGACACUCAAGUUUCUGUGGCGACAGAGCUGGGACUCCUCCCCCCGCAGUGACAUCACGUGUCACAUGAUGCCGUUCUACAGCUACGACGUGCCGCACACGUGCGGUCCGAACCCGGCGGUUUGUUGUCAGUUUGAUUUCCACCGGCUGGGGGGGGGUCUCCUGCCCUGCCCAUGGAAGAUACAGCCUCAGCCAAUCACAGAGCAGAACGUCAGGGAGCGCGCUCUGCUCCUGCUGGAUCAGUACCGACAGAAGUCGCGUCUCUUCCGCUCGCCGGUGCUUUUCGUUCCGCUCGGCGACGACUUCCGCUUCGUGGAGUCGAGCGAGUGGGACGCUCAGUUCGGGAACUACCAGGCGCUCUUCGACUACUACGACCGGCACCCGGAGCUCCACGUCAAGGCUCGUUUCGGGACGCUCUCAGAUUACUUCUCAGCGCUCCAUCGGCGUCUGAGCGCGGCGGAAACGACACUGCCGACGCUGCGCGGAGACUUCUUCACCUACGCCGACCGGGACGACCAUUACUGGAGCGGCUACUUCACCUCCAGGCCCUUCUACAAGCGCCUGGACAGGACGCUGGAGUCAUUAAUCAACGUUCUUCUCUCCGGCAGAGCCACAGAAAUCCUCUUCAGUUUGACGUUAGCUGAAAUGCGGCGGCGCGGUCGUCUGGUUUCAGAUUUUGCGGCACACGAACAUUUCCGUCGUCUGACGGCGAGCCGACGGAACUUGGCGCUGUUCCAGCACCACGACGCCGUCACCGGCACCGGCACCGCCCGCGACCCCGUGGUGGUCGACUACGGCAACAGCUUGUGUUUGUCUGUCCCUCCAUGCUCUCAGUCGAAGGACGGCAUCGCCACGGUAACGGUUUCAGGUGAGCUGGAGGUGAUUCUGGACCGGCGGCUGCAGCAGGACGAUAACCGCGGCCUCGGUCAGGGCGUCACCGACAACAAGCUGACAGCCAGUCUCUACCAGCUGCUGCUUGAAGACAGGAGGGGCGGGGCUCAGGAACACCUGUCACUGCUCGCCCACCUGACCUCGCUCUCCCUCUACCACCCACCAAUCACCAUGUCCGCCUCCAGUGACGGACAGCUGCCCAAACUCCGCCCCUUCCUGCCGCUCCGCUCCUCGCUGCCGUGCGACGUUCAUCUGCUGAACCUGAGGACGCUGGAGGACUCGCAGGAAGUAGAAGGUCCGUCACAGGAAGUGGCUCUCCUCCUCCACAGGAAGGGCUUUGACUGUAGCUCCGCCCCCGAUGUGGGACUGCAGUGCCAGUGGAGCGUGCACGAGGAGGUGAACUUGGCAGAUAUUUUCUUUCCGCUCCGUUUCCGCUCGCUUCGCCGCUCGAGUCUCACGCUGCUGCGAGAACACGAUGAGCCGGAAUCCGCCCGGCGGCAACAGCAAACACGGCUGCGACCAAUGGAAAUCAGCGCUUUCCGUGUCGAGCUCGACUGAACGAGGACUUUCAUCAUCGAUCAUAAACUACGAGUUUCGUGAAAACAAACACACCUUUAAAUAUUCAACAUAACCAGAACGUUAAAGAUUAUUAGACAUUUAAUUUAACGUAAACAGCUGAACCUUCAAACAAGAAACUGAAGAUCUGUCAAACUUUCUAUCAACAAAGUUUUUAUAUUUCAAAGAGAAAAGCAAUCAAAUACACAAAAUACAAUGUAUUAUUAUAAUUCUACAAAACAGAAAGGAAAAGAACAAAUUAAGGAGUUUUAUAUUUUGUAAACUUGACAAUAUUUACAUCCACUGUGAACACGGAAAUAUUCUUCCACAGGUAUAGAAGGUCAAAGGUCAAUCCUAAGGUUACCGUCCAGUUGUAGGUCAAAGGUCAAUCUGAAGGUUAAUGGCCAGUUGAAGGUCAAAGGUCAAUCUGAAGGUUAACGGUCAGAAAGAGAAACGCAAUAUAUCUGAGAAUCACUGAAAUGUGUGUGUCUGUGGUGGGGGGUGUUUUAAAACGCGUUCCUUCAGUGCGUUUGUUUAUGUUGUGUAAUUUCCAGACAUAAUGGUUCAAAGUGCACAUGUUCAUGUUAAUAUUAAUGUUCAUGUUAAUAUUCUCGGCGUGUGAAAUAACGCUUUUGAGAAAAGCGUCAGCUAAAUGAAAUGUAAGGAAUAUUAUUUUUAAUUAAUAUAAUAUUCUGUAUUUACUGUGAAAGGGACAUUUUUGGGAAAUCUUCUGGGUAUUUUUCUAUUUAGAAAUUCUCUAUUUUUAUAAAGAGGUUUAUUGUUUAUCUGAAAAUGAAAAAUUAAUUUUUACUUACGUGAAUUGGUGAAAACCUUGAGAUGUUCUUCUUUAUUUUGGGACAAAUUCAUGUUUUUAUUAUAAAAUAAAUUAUUGUUUAAUUUUC